AUGCCAGCAUUCCCGACCCUGCUGUGUCUCUGCCUCCCACUCUCGGCCGCUUUUUAUUUCCACGCGGCAGAGCGCGAGGAGAAGUGUAUCAUAGAAGACAUUCCCAGCGACACGCUGGUAACAGGGAACUUCAAGAUGCAGAUGUGGGACAUGCGCAGACAUGACUUCCUGGAGUCGGCCCCCGGCCUGGGGAUGUAUGUGACAAUUAAAACCCUCGACGAGGAGGUGUUACUGUCCAAGUUAUACGGACCCCAGGGGACCUUCUUCUUCACCUCCCACUCGCCGGGUGAGCACACCAUCUGCCUGGUGUCUAACUCCACGCGGCUCGUGGCUUUCGGAGGCAGUAAGCUGAGGAUCCACCUGGAUAUUCGAGUGGGGGAACAUGACUUCGAUGCAGCCUUGGCUCAGGCGAAGGACCGGGUGAAUGAAGUCACCUUCAAGCUUGAACAUCUGAUGGAGCAAGUGGCACAGAUCCUCAAAGAACAGAACUACCAAAGGGACCGCGAGGAGAGCUUCCGUACCACCAGCGAGGACACCAACAGCCACGUGCUGUGGUGGGCUUUUGCCCAGACGUUCAUCUUCGUCUCGGUGGGGCUCUUCCAAGUGAAGCACCUCAAGGACUUCUUCAUCACCAAGAAGAUUGUUUAAAUCCCGCCCCGAAAGGCAGUUUCCGUGGGAAUAAAGCUGGGAGCGUGUGCUGAGCUCA